GUAGCCCCUUAACUACAGUGCUUCCUCUUGUCUGUUUGGUAGAGGUGGAUUUCUAGCUAUUUUUCGCGGAGGACAGGAGAAAAGAAGGCAAGAAAAGGAGAGUUCUUUUGCUCUCGGUUUUCAGCCAUGGUUUCUGGUAAGGUAAAAGCCGUCAUGGGAUUUCAGAAAACCCCACCAAGUUCAAAACCAGAGACUCCCAAGCAUUUCUCCUCCUCUCCCAGCUCUCAAAAAUCUCUUCCUCUUCCUCCUCCUCCUACCAAGACUGUCUUCUCUCGUUCCUUUGGCGUCUACUUCCCUCGCUCUACUCAAGUCCAGCCCCGCCCGCCCGACGCCAUUGACCUCGUUCGACUGGUCGAAGAACUUCAGGAGAAGGAGUCUCGCCUCAAAACAGAGCUCCUUGAGCAGAAGCUCCUCAAAGAGACGGUCAAGAUCGUCCCUUUCCUCGAGAACGAGAUCGCUUCCAAGGAUGCCGAGAUCGAGCGGUCGGCGCGGAGGAUUGGUAGUUUGGAAGCUGAGAAUGAGAUGCUGAGGCGAGAGGUGGAGAGCUUGAAGGAUAGGGUUGUAAGAGAAGGGGUGGAGAAUGAGAAGAAGGUGAAGGAGAUGGAGGAUGAGAUUGCAGAGCUAAAGAGAGGGAUAGAAUCGAAGGUGUUUUGUACUGAAACGCGGGAGAUUGCGGAGAUUGAUGACUGCGCGUCGUCGCCGCAGAGGUUCCAGGGCCUGAUCGACGCGUCGGCGAGGUCUAAUCUGGUAAGAAGCUCGACGAAAGGGGCGAAAUCGAACGGUGUGGAUUCGAAUCCAGAGAAAGAGAAGCUGGAGAUUACAGAUCUGAACGGAAAAGAUGUGGAGGCCGAAGUAAUGCAGCAAUCUUGCUGUAGUCGAGAGAUUUCAGAAUCGAAACCAAAACCGCCAAGAGUUCCUAAACCUCCUCCAAGACCUUCCUUUUCUUCUUCUUCUACUGCGGAUACGCUUGGGAUUGCGAAAAGCAGAGCGUCUUUGGAAAGUGCGAGCCUGACGGAAAUGCCGCUGAUUCCGCCGCCAUUUCCGGUGGUUUCUGGCGCAAAAGCGCCGAUUCCUCCCCCUCCGCCUCUUCCGCCGGCGAGGGUGAAGAAUGCCGGUGCGGCGGAGGUGAGGCGAGUGCCGGAGGUCGUGGAGUUUUACCGUUCUCUAAUGCGGAGGGAUUCGAAGAGAGAGUCCGGUGCUGGAGUGCCUGACCUCCCGCCGGCGGCGAACGCGAGGGACAUGAUCGGAGAAAUUGAGAAUCGUUCCGCUCACCUACUCGCUAUCAAAACAGACGUAGAAACCCAAGGGGAUUUCAUUCGUUUCCUGAUAAAGGAAGUGCAGAAUGCAGCCUUCACUGACAUCGAGGACCUAGUUGCAUUUGUCAAAUGGCUCGAUGACGAGCUCUCUUUUCUGGUGGAUGAGCGAGCAGUGCUAAAGCACUUUGACUGGCCUGAGCACAAGGCCGACGCAAUGCGAGAAGCUGCAUUCGGCUACUGUGACCUAAAGAAGCUCGAGUCUGAAGCCGCCUCUUUCCGCGAUGACAUACGCCAGCCAUGUGGUCCCGCUCUCAAGAAGAUGCAGGCCUUGUUGGAGAAAUUGGAGCAUGGUGUGUACAACCUCUCCCGUAUGAGAGAAGGUGCAACGACACGAUACAAAGGAUUUCAAAUCCCUUGGGAAUGGAUGCUCGAAACUGGAUAUGUAAGCCAGAUAAAGCUAGCAUCUGUUAAGCUGGCGAUGAAGUACAUGAAGAGAGUGUCUGCUGAGCUGGAAGCUGUUGGUUGUGGCACCGAAGAAGAGGAACUGAUGCUGCAGGGCGUCAGGUUUGCCUUUCGAGUGCAUCAGUUUGCAGGAGGUUUUGAUGUGGAAACAAUGAGGGCAUUUCAGGAGCUAAGAAACAACGCCCGUUCCUGUCAUCUUCAGUGCCAAAACCAGCAGCAACACAAGCUCAUUUGCAGGUCUACAUCUUGCUAACCUUUGACAAAAAAAUGCUUCUACCAACAGCAGAUUUCAUUGUAAAGAUCCAUCACGUUUUUUGAUGAAAUGCACCAUCCAUUUCAUUUUCAUGACCAUGCCACUUAACGAUAUAAAUGCAAAAAUAGAAACACUAGCAUACAUCUAAUAUAUUAUACAUAGUUCUCCAUUUCUCCGAGA